AUGGCUCGACGAUGCGAAAUUUGUUCAUUAGAUUUGAUCGACGAGUACUCAUUUCACGGUCAUUUGUUAGGUAAAAAACAUUUGAGAAAUGUUGAUUUAGAAAAAUUGAAAACUAAAAAAGAGCAAAAUUCCAUAUUUGUAUCGCCUUUACCACAGCGGGCUCAAACCAAUGACAUUAUUGAAUUUUUUACAAAAUAUGGACCAAUACAUUAUUAUAAAUUUGGACCUAGAUACGUGAUUAUCGAAUUUAAAAAUAAAAAAACAGCAGAUGAAGUAUUAUCAAAAAAAGUAGUGUAUUUUAAUAAUUGGAAAUUAACGAUUAUACCACGAAAAAUUAUUACUCCUCAACAAAACAAAGCUGAAAAGUCAAGAAAACAAAGUACAAGUGAUGAUGGUAAAGAAGAUGAAGAGAGUUUUCACGAUAAAUUAAGAUUAGAGUUGGAAGCAGAGCCGACAUUUGAAUCUCAGUUGACUAAAUUUUUAUCUUUAGUACAAAAAGACGAUAAUGUAUUAGAAGAAUCUUGUGAUAAAGUUUGUAUCAGUCUCAAUCGAGUUUUCCGAAGUUCAUUCCCAUACUGCAAAGCCUUGCGAUUUGGUUCUACAGUCACCGGACUUCACUUUAAAGACAGUGAUAUGGAUGUGUUUCUUGAUAUAGGAGAACCAAUCAAUGACACAUUAGAUACAAAUGAAUCUGGCACUCAUAAUUUAAAAUGGACAUCAAAGAGAGUAUUUAGAGAGGCUAAAGCAAUCCUGUUCAGAAAUCCAGCAAUUUUUAAUCAUGUAAUACCAAUUCCACUGGCUAGAAUACCUAUUAUUAAAUUCGACCACAUACCAACUAAGACAAACUGCGACUUAUCAUUUAAACAUGGAUUUGGAGUACAUAAUAGUCUACUUAUAAAAUACUUUCUAAGUUUAAAUCCAAAAUUACGACCAUUAAUGAUGAUCAUUAAGUAUUGGGCUAAAAUUUUAGACAUCACCGGAACUAAUAAAAUAACAAAUUAUUCACUAAUAAUGUUAAUAAUAUUUUAUCUACAACAACCAGACGUUAAUUUGUUGCCAACAUUAACAGAUCUCCAAUCAUCGGGCUCUCCAGUAUUUGCGAGUGGAUGGCGAAUUGAUUUUAAUAGAUAUUACAAACAUGAAACAGAGAAUAAUUCUACUAUACCUGAACUAUUGCAUGGAUUCUUAAAAUUUUAUUCAGAAUUCAAUUUUUCUCUAAAUUUAAUAACACCACUCGAUGGUAUUAUUCAUCCGAGAAUUAAUUACAAUGAAGUUGCCUAUAAUUUAGGCAUAAAUAUUGAAAGUUUGAAUUUGAGCAAACCAGUCUGUAUACAAGAUCCAAUGGAGUUGGAUCUUAAUAUUGCUAACUCGUGGAAUGAACGUUUAUUGUUAGAUUUUCAAAAGCACUGUGCUGAAACUGUAAAGCUUUGCGAAGAUUCAGCGCUCAAUGAUAACAAGUCUUUGUUACCAUCUUUACUCAAUCCGGAAGUAAAGCACAAGUCAAAGAAACCUAAGUCAAUCCAUAUAGUUAUUCCAGCAGGUAAAUUUGAAGAUUUUGGAUUGCCAGAUGAUUUUGAACAGCGUGAUGACAUUGAUAAUAAACAAAAAUAUAAAGAGAAUCAUUGGUUCUCUGUUGUAUAUAAAUUAAUCCAAAGAAUUUUUGAAAAUAUAUUUAAAUUAAAUAUUCACGUUACUUAUGAUGAAACAAAUAUUAAGCAAAUAAAACUUGAUCAAGAAUCAGAUGUCCAUACCAAUGAAAACAAUAAAAUUAUGUUACUGUGCAAUGGUAACUAUUGUCUAAGUCGUACUAGAAAAGGUAGACUUUCGAGUAAUCUUGAUCCUACACUAAGUUGCAUUGAUAAGGAAAUUCUUAUUUCGGACAAAAUACUAGAAGGUUUAAAAGAGAAAAAAGAAGAAACGAUGAUUAAGUUCACUUGUAUUUUGGAAAAGAAAACUAAUCCAUUACACGUUUUUAUAACAAUUACCGAUGCACAGGAUUCAAAUAAAGCGUUUUCAGAAAUUGGUAAUUAUAUGAGAAGUAAAAUUCCGACAAUUAUUGAUAAAGAAUUUUUACAUAUGAUCCAAUAUAAAAAGACUAUAGUUUAAUUUAUACGGAACAUGAAUAAGAGAAUUAUUUUUUUUUUCUUUUUUACUUUAACAUGGUCAGUAGAAAUUUUUUAAGUUAAUGGAAGAAAUUCAUUUUAAGUUUAUGGAACAAGACUAUGUUAAUAGAGCAAAAAUUUAUUUUUACAAAACUAU